AUGGCGGCGGCGGCGGGCAGGGGCGGGGGGCCGAGGCGCACGACGCGGGUGGGCCCCUACGAGCUCGGCAAGACCGUCGGCGAGGGCAGCUUCGCCAAGGUCAAGAUCGCCAAGGACACCCGCAACGCCGCCACCUGCGCCAUCAAGGUGCUCGACCGCAACCACGUCCUCCGCCACAAGAUGGUCGAGCAGGUCUCUCUCAUGGUCGAGAUUCUCUGUCCGUCCGUCCGUGGGGAUUGUUUUUCCGGUGUCAUCCUUGCUCAUGAUUUUUGGUUGUUAUUAAGAUCUGAUCAGAUUAUGGACGCUGACCGCCUAUUCCCGCCUUUUCAGAUUAAACGGGAGAUCGCCACAAUGAAGCUAAUACGACAUCCAAAUGUGGUCCAGCUGCAUGAGGUGAUGGCUAGCAAAUCAAAGAUAUACAUGGUUCUUGAGUUUGUUGAGGGAGGCGAGCUUUUUGAUAAGAUCGUCAAUUCUGGGAAGCUAGGAGAAGAUGAAGCAAGACGAUACUUCCACCAACUUAUAAAUGCGGUUGAUUAUUGUCAUAGUCGUGGAGUGUACCAUAGAGAUCUCAAGCCAGAAAAUCUGCUCCUUGAUUCAUAUGGAGCUCUCAAAGUUUCAGAUUUCGGUCUCAGCGCAUUUUCUCCGCAAACAAAAGAGGAUGGACUUCUGCAUACUGCUUGUGGAACUCCCAAUUAUGUUGCACCUGAGGUGCUUGCUGAUAAAGGUUAUGAUGGUAUGGCUGCUGAUGUGUGGUCCUGUGGCAUAAUCUUAUUUGUCCUUAUGGCUGGAUAUUUGCCCUUUGAUGACCCCAACUUAAUGACUCUGUAUAAAUUGAUCUCCAGAGCUAAUGUUUCUUGUCCACCAUGGUUUUCUACCGGUGCGAGGAAUCUUAUUAAGCGCAUUCUCGAUCCCAAUCCUCACACUAGGAUAACAAUCGCCCAAAUUUUGGAAGAUGAAUGGUUCAAAAAGGACUAUAAACCACCACAUUCUGAGCACAAUGAAGAUGUGAGCCUUGAAGAUGUCGAUGCUGCAUUCGAUAGUUCAGAGGAACACCUUGUGGCGGAGAGGAGAGAGAAACCAGAAUCCAUGAAUGCAUUUGCUCUUAUUUCAAGGUCUGAGGGAUUCAACCUCGGAAAUUUGUUUGAGAAAGAGAUGAUGGGGAUGGUAAAGCGGGAAACAUCCUUUGCGUCGCAACGUACACCACAAGAGAUCAUGUCUAAAAUAGAGGAAGCCUGUGGCCCUCUUGGUUUCAAUGUGCGGAAACAAAAUUAUAAGAUGAAACUGAAAGGUGACAAGACAGGAAGAAAAGGCCAUUUAUCUGUAGCAACGGAGGUUUUUGAGGUUGCUCCAACACUCCAUAUGGUUGAACUUCGUAAAACUGGAGGGGACACCUUGGAGUUUCACAGUUUCUACAAGAAUUUCUCGUCAGAACUAAAAGACAUUGUGUGGAAAACUGAAUCCAACACAAUUGCGAAAUAG